ACUUUUGAUUCGCAACUUUUUACUAAAAAUCUGAUAAAUUAGCUUACUUCUUUUUAAACCAGUUCAGCACCAAAAGCAUAGUGCAUAUAAUAACACAAAUCCAGAAGUAAUGAUCUAAACAGUCCUGUUCACGUAGAGAGAAAUAAUGCUGGUCUGGCCUGUUAAAAUCUUGUUCCAAGAAAUUUGUUUCCAUCUGCUCUUGUUUGGGCUGUGCAGCAUAAACUUUUGCUUUAAUUGUAGCUUACUUGGAUUUUAAAGGAUCCACUUGUUCUUAGUCCUAGUAGGCUCCAAAAUUAAUUCCUCUCCAAAUAGCCAGCAAUGUUUGAGAAGUCUGAAGAGCAGGAAGGAACACUGCAAUUCACAUACAGAGCACUCACUGCAGUGUUUAAAUAGUGGUGCUGACUGCUUUGCUACAGAGAGAAUUCAGGUUUACCCACAAUUCAAAUGGUUCUUCUGGAGACAUUGACCUCUGUAGUAGUUCUGCAGAUUGCAGCAUUGUUGUGUUAACUCAAUGCACAGUGGCACUGCUGUUGUGCUGGCUGAGGCUCAUUGGUUCACAGUGGCAGUGGCUUAGGUCUUUCUCCAAGUAGGAUUUUGGAGAGUGAAUGAGAGGUGGAAAAUAAUUGAAUGAAGUGUUUUGUCCACAUAGUUUGCACAGGUGUUAGCUAUACAUGAUUCAUAGUUCUGUAUAGGCAUUUAGGUCAAGGGGUGGGAUUGAGGCUUUUUGUGAAUCUUGAAAGAAUGCACAAUUCUAUCAUUUUCUUUCUUUUUUUAAAACCUAACAUAUGCAUCCUCAAAAUGCCUCUAUUCUGAAUAUCUUUGAAGUUAUUAACCACUCAGACUGCCUUUCCUCUCUUUCAGACUGCUUGUCUAAAAGGGUGUGAUAACCCUGAUAAGUCAACUCAAUGUCUCUUAUUUAGCAAACUGGGAAGUCUCUAGAAAAUUCCAGUCAUGGGGAAGUUGUAUAACCCUCAAUGCACAGUGUUCUGAUGCUUUUCUGAGUUUAUAGUGUUCACUAUCCAUUUUAAAGUGCUAGUUUUGCUCUCUGGUACUAAAUGGAUUUUAAGAAUUAUGUUUGUGACAGGGCAGUAGCACACUAGAGGAAGUCCAUCUUAAAAUGUUAAUAUCAUUCUCCCACAUAUCUGUACUGCUGAAACAGUCCACUUUCCUGCCUCCUUUCACAUCUUUCUCCCUCUUGAAAUUAAAAAGAAAAGAAAUAAUUCAAAAAUAGCUCUACUACAGUCUCUGUGCAUCAAGGGCAGGCUAAACUGUUUUCUUUUUUCAUUUCCUGCCACUUCAUGGUUCUGUCAGGAUUUUUCCAGGAGAAAGGGCAGGUCAGUAUACAGUUGUCUGGGAAAAGAAAACUUAGUUACAGAUAUUUAAACAAGCCCAAAACAAACAGCUUAAUUGGUCACAUGAGGGAAACAAGAUGCCAAGGUCAUCCUCUCCUUCCCUCAUAUGGCAUCCAAAUGACCCUAAACAUCUGGGUUUUUUUUCCUCUUGCUUGCUUCUAUGUUUAGCUAUGUAAGUUUCUAUUAACAGCACCCAAAAUAGAUGUUGUUCAAGGCAGGCAGGUGUACCUGCCCACUCUGCAUGAGACAGGGCUCCUGCCAUGGCAGUGGAGGAAAAGGGGCUCAAGCGCUGCUGCUCUUCCUGCAGUAGGGAAUUGGUUGUGUAACAAGGGAAAAAUGUGCAGGGUGACUGCUCAGGGGGCCAUAGGCUCUGGAAAGUCUAUGGCAACGGGAUCAGUCUUAAGGCUGACUGCAUUUAACCAUCAGGAUUAUCUCUAGUAAUCCUUUUCUGUGUUUGCAGGGAAAUGUACAUUUUGCAUUCUAUUCUGCUCAAAAAGAUUUAUCUUCAGACACUGAACAAAAAUUCUCUCUAAUUGUCAGUGAAGAUGAGUGACCUGCUGCCAAUAUGACAUCUCUGACAAGUGUCAUUGCCUCCCACCAGUCCGAGUGGGUGUCCUUCACUGAUGAGCUGCUCCUCCCUGUUCGCCCACGAGGUAGCACAGAGGCUCCUCCAGUGAAAUGUUUUCAUUCCUCAGAUACAUCCUCAGAGGAGAACCACAAUGCAAAUGGAGAAUUUCAAGACCUUUUCUGUACAGAGCUGCAAGAGGCAGCUGAGCAGCCCAAGGUGGAUUCUGCUGUGCUUGGUAACCAUGUGUGUCCCAGCACUGAUCUGUCAUCAUCCAUCAGUGCUUGGGUUCAGUUUGAAGACGCACCAUGGGCCAGUGCUUCAUCAACCCACCCACAAACAGUGUCUGCAUCAAAAGCACCCAGCUGGACUUCCCCCUCUUCCAACUCUUCUGAGAGGCAAGCCCAUGCCUCAGAGAGCAGCUGGACAACCAACUCAGAGGACACCAGCAGCCCAAGCAUUGCUCCCUCCUACACAGAUCUGCAGUCACUUAAUACUGAGGACUUGACCAGUGGUAGAACAUCUGCAGCGGAUUCAGCUGACAAUUCCUCAUCUCUCCAGGAAGAUGAAGAGAUAGAUAUGGAGGCUGUCAACUGGCAGCUGAACAACACCUCCAUGAAUGUCCAUUCAUCUACCCCAACCACAGUUCGUUUCCCCAGCUGGGUGACUUUUGAUGACAAUGAAGUCAGUUUUUCACCACAGAGCCUUUCUCCCUUGAAAACAGAUACCCCACCUGCAGAAACACAGGCUCCAGAUGUUAACUUUAAUCACACUACAUCCUUAAAGAAAAGAGAACGUCCUAAAAGUACAUUUGGAGACCUCUCCAAAAUUCAAAAACUAGACCUCUCCUCUUUAACCAAGUUGCCUUCUGUUGAAACACCACCAUGGAGUUCUACUAAUCCCUUUCUGGAUGAAUCUCUUCGAGAUGUCCAGCCCUCACCCAUCAAUCCAUUCAGCUCAUUCUUUGAGGAGCAAGAGAGGCGUUCCAAAAGCUCUUCUGUCUCCAGUGCUCCAGGCAAAAGCCAAAGAGACUCUCUGAUUAUUCUCCACCAAGAGCCUGAUACCAUCAGUUUCCAUGAGGCAAACAAAACUGUAACCCACACGGAUGCUGUAGAGCAGCUCAAACAGCUCCAGAUUGGAGACCCAGAUCGAGUGAGCAGUCCUACCUUGCCCGAUGAUGACCCCAUGAUGCCAUAUGAUCUGGAUGCAGCUUUAUUCAACCUGGCACCAGCUCAGCCAAAGGAUGGAUGGCCAAUGAUGCUGAGGAUCCCAGAGAAGAAGAACAUUAUGUCAUCCAGGCACUGGGGACCAAUAUAUGUUAAGCUGACCAACAGUGGAUGUAUACAGCUUUUUUAUGAGAAGGGACUAGAGAAGCCUUUUCGGGAACUCAAACUUGAAAUCAAUCACGAGAUUUCAGAGCGCAAACUGCAGAACUAUGAUGAGAAUGGAAGGAUACACAGCGUGAGGUUGGAUCGCACAACAUACAAGGAGAAAAAGAAGUAUCAGCCUAAGCCUGCCAUUGCACACACUGCAGAGAGAGAGCAAAUUAUCAAACUUGGGACUACAGAUUAUGAAGACUUCCUUAGCUUCAUCACUGCUGUGCAAGACACACUGAUGAACUUGCCAGCUUCAUCAACAGAUCUGAGCACAGUGGGACUGAAUUAUCAAGAGGAAGAAAUCACUGUGGAUGUCAGGGAUGAGUUUCAUGGCAUCUUGGCUAAGGGAGAUAGUGUGAUUCUCCAGCACAGUGUGCUGACUCAUAUCUAUGUUCUCAGCUUCCUUUCUGGUCUGGCAGAAUGCAGACUGGGUCUUAAUGAUAUCCUGAUUAAAGGGAAUGAAAUAGUUGCAAGGCAGGAUAUUAUGCCCACUACUACCACUAAGUGGAUUAAAUUAUACAGCUGCCGGUUCCAUUCAUGUGUGGAUGAGGAUAUGUUUAAUAACUCCCGUAUUAUCCUGUUCAACCCCUUGGAUGCCUGUCGGUUUGAACUGAUGAGAUUCAGGACUGUCUUUGCUGAGAAAACUUUGCCUUUUACUCUGAGGACAGCUGCCAGCAUCAAUGGUGCUGAGGUGGAGGUGCAGAGCUGGCUGAUGAUGUCCACGGGGUUCUCUUCCAAUCAUGACCCUUUAACUCAGGUCCCUUGUGAAAACGUGAUGAUCCGCUACCCCGUGCCAAGUGAGUGGGUGAAGAACUUCCGCAGGGAGAGUGUCCUGGGGGAGAAAUCUUUGAAAGCCAAGGUGAACAAGGGAGCCACUUUUGGAUCAACCAGUCUGUCUGGUUCUGAGCCAGUAAUGAGAGUAACUUUGGGAACUGCCAAAUACGAGCAUGCCUUUAAUUCCAUCGUAUGGAGGAUAAACCGACUGCCUGACAAAAACUCAGCUUCUGGCCAUCCUCACUGCUUUUUCUGCCACCUAGAGCUUGGCUCUGACCGGGAAGUGCCUUCCAGUUUUGUCCGCUAUGUAGAUGUGGAAUUUGACAUGCCCACCACCUCUGCGUCCAAAGCCGCUGUUCGCUCCAUCUCUGUCGAGGACAAGACCGAUGUGAGGAAGUGGGUCAACUAUUCAGCACACUACAGCUACAAGGUCGAAAUAGAGCAGAAAACAAGCUUGAAUGAAGAUCUGAAGGGAGAAAGUACUUCAAAUGUCAAUGAAUGUGCUACACAGUAAAGGAAGAUCAGUCUGCAAGUCCCAAGAGGGGUGGUCAAAUUAACAGAUCUUGAAGAAAGGACUUGCAGGGGUUGGGUAUUUAUAUUUUAAAAAAUUUGGGACUACUACAUUUAAAAUAAUGCUCUGAAGAGCAUACUUUUUUUCUUUGUGAUGAUCCAUACUUUGAGAAGAAUGUGGUCAGUGGGUUGUUUGGAUCCACGGGCUUUUGCUGGAACAGUAUAAGUACAGUUGUACAGUCAAGCCUGCCUUUUCUGCCUUUUCAUCAUUUAGGUUCUGCACUCAAGUAUGGUCUGGCAACCAUCACAGCCACACGAGAAAACAGCCUUUAUCUCACAGUCUUGCCCUGCCUCAUUAGGCAUUUUGUUUCAAUGACAUUUGGUUUGGCCAUUGACUGAAUUGCAUCCUUUUGAACUGCCAAAUAAAAUUCAGGGAGGAUCAAGUGAAAAAAUUAUAUAAAAUCUCCUUUCUGAAAUGGUCCACAGAGUGAAAACCCUGAGCAUCAUUCUGGAGAAUCAACACACCCUGCAUCUCAAACAAAGAGAAUGGAAUCUGUGUUUAAGUAGAUGAACUACAGACAGGACAGCUGAUCACAGAGCUGUUCCUCUGUUCAGCCCUUCCGUCUCACCCCUCGAAUGACAACAUGCCACUGUGCACAUUUUCACAGGCUUUGCACAAUUUACAAGAAAGCCUCUGCAAUUUCUUAUAAUUUUUACUUUGUAGUCUGAGCUGUUCUGGUAUCUUGACUGAACAUGGUCGUGGCUGCUAGCAAUAGGGAAUGUGUAUUACAGUAGUAGAGAUACCAGAGGGACUUUGCUGAUAUUAGAUCAUUCCUGCCUAGAAAGAUAUUUAAGGGAAAAACAUGGGGGUUUAGUUUUGGGUUUGGGGUUUUUUUGUAUAUUUUCUUGGAUGGGUAAAAUGGUGGUUAUUGAAAAUGUCAGAACACAAUUACUUUAACAGACAAUGUUGUUUAUUUUCCUAAAAAUUCUUGGAAAUCUGUCCAGCACAAUAUUGUUUUCAUGUUCUAUCUUGAACCUAGAAUAUAAGUAACUUGUAUCUUUGUAACACCUCCAUUAACUGGGCCCCAAAAUCUCUUUCCAAAAAUUGACAAAAUUCUAUCCCCACUUUUAUCCCACUUAGCUGGAAGUAAUAGCAAGUCUUAAAACCUCUUUCUAAAUAAAAGUGCAGAAGACAUAAACCACUCGUUUACACAUAUUUUCAGAAAAAACAGUGUUAAAAGUACCCAUUUUUAGUUGUUUCUAUGGCUUGUGUAAUAUUUUGUCUUGUAACGUUAAAUGUAAAGUAAGUAAUUUAUUAAAUCAUUUAUCUUUUGAAAGGUUACUACUGACUAUAAAAUACACAUUUGGAAAACUUUGGCAAUGUAAUUUAAAAUCAUAAUGAAUUAAAAUGAAAGCUUUUUUAUACAUUUAUUUCAUUUUACAUUUAAUAUAAAAAAAUUAAUACACUCUUGAUUUACCCUGUGACUCCUAUAAAAAUUACUACAAUGUUAAAAUCCCAAAUAAAUGAUAAAAUUAAUUUCAUUGAGUCUGACACUGGUAGUGGUAGAAUUUAAAAUAAAUUGCAGGGAACUUAUAAAUGCCUUUUUUAUAUGCACCUACAUUUCAAGUCUGCAUCAUCCUAGCACAGAUGCACCACUGUAAAUAUGUAAAGUCUCAGUCCUUCUAGGACUUUCUAACAAGCCUUUAAUACUUCACUUCAGGUAGCCCUUGUGGACCCAGGAUGCUCCUUGGACCACACCAGUUAAUACUAAGUAUUUGCAACAUCUCUCUGUAAAGGGAAGAAUGCUAUUAACUUUUAUGAAGAAUUUUGAGAUCAAGGAAUUAAAUUUUCUGAUAUUAUUGAUGAUAAUUUGUAUAGGCUCUGAAAUAUCUGGGAGCACGGCGCUGAAUUUGUGACUGAUUCUCAGCUCUGGCACAGACUGGCUGGUAUGAGUUGCAUGGCAACUCCUCUACAAAAUUCACUCCUGUUCAAAGGCAGUCAUAGAAUUUUUGGGUGGUCUUCCUGCUUUUCACUGCAGCUCCUAAUGUACAGUUUCUAAAACCCACCAACAAGAAAUAAAAAAAGCCAAACAACAAGCUGAAGCAGUGCUGAGAUGUUACUGAGGAAAUGUGAGAAUGUUUUGUGAAAGAGAUGGAGAAUUUCUACUCUGACCUGCAAGCUCAGUGUCUGAUUUUUUUGCCUAUUGCCCCUCAGAUCAUGUAAAUACAAAUAAGUGUACAAAUUAGCAAAGUUAUGUUGUACUCCUUAAGAGGGGAGAAAAUAAAAGGAAUAUAAUUUUCUAUUGCUGUUGAAUUGUUAAACCAUCCAGCCUCUAUCAAUCAUACUUGUGCCACAGAACACGCUAUGUUCCAGUAACUAAAAGAUAAACAUAUUGGAGCUUUAUGGAUUUAUUAUGGAUUUAUUUAAUUUCUUUACCACUUCAUUGCUGAUUUUAAUUUUUUUUUUUUAAUUCAGAAUCAAUGAAUGAAAAACCUGACUUUUACCUUUCUUGUGUAGUUGUACACAGAAGUACUUCUUCCAGUCAUCAUGAAUUUCUUCAGGCAAAACUGGAAAAGUGUUCUGGUUUAUAUGAAAGCUAUUUUAAUCCAGUCUCAUCUCCAGAGAGUGUUUUUAGAGGUACCUACCACUGAAUUUUCAAGAAUUUAGGAUGAAUACCUCAGCCAGAGUUUUAAAAGAUCUUAUUUCCUUAUUUCCUAAGGACUGUAGUAAGUAGUUUGAAUUCUCAAAAACUGCUAAUAACCAAAAUCUUAAGAAAGUUUAUUGUUGGUGUCAACCAGGUGUCUCAACUGAAUUCUUUUUUCAGUCCAGCACCAUCACGAUCAUUGGGAAUUUGAACACUAGGAUCCUAAGUGCCCUUACUCAGGUCUCCACUGUUUUUUAUUGAUUAAAUAGUGCCAAUUUUUCAGUGUUACACACUGUCACAUAUGUACUUUAUGUACAUAUACUCUUCACCCAUGUGAAUAUAGUAGUAAUCUGAACAGACUGUUGAUUGGAGGGAAGGGAAAAGAUCUGAGAGGUUUGUGAGUUUGAAAGUAGCAGAAAUUAUUUAGAUACAAGCAGUGCCCGUAGUGGGGGUGAUUUUUAAAUUUUUUAAAUUUUUAAUCAUGUGGAAAAAUCUCUCUGACCAGUUUCAAAUUACUACUUCCUUUGAGAAAGAUGCAGUCACUGUCCUUUGGUAUAUUUGAAAGCUUUGUAGUACUCAAACACUCCAUGCAGGAAAUAUGCCUUCAAGGUAAGCAUACGUUUACUCCCUGAAGCAUUUCUCACUUUCAGUCCCUUUCUAUUUCUCAUUAUAGUUUUAAUAUUUGUACUGUGGUAAGACUUGAGGUAUUGCAUGGAAUUUUGCCUAGAAACAUGAAGUGUCUUUGAUCACAAGGAGUAAAGAUGAGCAAUAUCUCCAGGCAGCUGAGCUUAUUUUAGUUAAUGUCUCUUACAUUUAUUAACUAUCAACACUCCGCUAGAAAAGGAAAAUGGGUGAAUUCAGCUGAGAGAUACUAAAACUGACUGAUGUUAUUUUUGUUCUUUCUUUUAUUUAGGUUUAAAUUUAGUCAUCCUAUGAAGGAGCUAGACACAGAAGUAUCAUUAUAAACACUGCAGAAAUUAUUUUCCUUCUCUGGUGGGUUGCUGGCUGACAGUUACUUGAUAGGCUGUCCAACACCUGUCCACAUUAUUUAGUAGCUGCUAAAACUCCCUCUUGAACAGUCACCUCCCAGGACAGAGAGCAACUGCAUGCAAAAGAGCAUGAAAGCAAGUGGAAAAGGUGUAUCAAGCUCAACCUGGAGGUGCUUACUCUUUUGCUUGCAUAAAAUUUCUUUGGCCCUUCAGUGCACUAAUCAAGUCUUUGAUAGGUCACCUGUGUUCCAGAUGGUGAAAAAUUUCUUUCAGAGACUCUUACCAGUUUGUGUGCAUAGCUAUAUUGAUCUCUAGAACUGACCAGCACCAGAAUUUGCAGCACACAGAAUCACUUACGGAUUAAGUACUUACGCUCUUCUGCCACUGACUUGUCU